AGGACGUAAACCCCGAAUAUGAUCUGUUAAUUUAUUUUACAGCUGUACUAUCACUGGCGAAUUUCGGAUGUAGAUUAACACAGAACACACAUUAAAACUUUUAAUGCUGAAAUAACUAGAACAAGAAUGUUGGGGCAAUUGUUUGGGCAGUGAAGAAAUUGCGAAUUUACUUGUAUGGCACAAAGUUUACUGUUAUUACAGACCAUCAUCCUUUAUACUGGCUCAACAAACACAAAUCUGGAAAUGAAAGACUCUAUCGUUAGUCAUUAGUAUUACAAGAAUAUGAAUUUGAUAUUAAACAUAAAAGUGGCUCAUGUCAUCCGGAUGCUGAUUGUUUAUCAAGAUCUUUACCAAAUGAUGCUACAACUGAAGAUACUAGUAGUAAUGAAUAUGAUGAAGAUAAUAUUCCAGUACACAAUGAAUUUAGUCCAUCACGAACUACAAUUGAUACUAGUAUUUCACAAAUUAAUGCAGUACAAACACGCGCACAAAAAGCUGCUUUGAAUAAUUCACCAUCAACUUCAACACUAUGUCCUCCAACAAUCACAUCAACAAUACUUUCCCCGAUAACAACAUCAGUUGAACCUCAUAUUCCAUCUUUGAUACCUGGAUUUGAUUAUACCAAAAUCCCGCAAGGACAAGAAACUGAUCCAAUUGCCCAACAACGAAUUAGUGAGAUGCAACAAUAUCCAAACACCCAUUCAGCAUUCGUCGUUUAA